CUUCUCCUGAAUCUCCUCCGAGAGCGGAACUGGAAUAGUGAGAGUGUAGAAGACCUGAAAACGAGCCUUCUUCUGUCAGUUAACACUUAAUAAACAGUUCCAUGCCUUUCUUCUUGUUAACCUUACCUUUCAAUGUACUCCAUAUCCAAACUCUCUCGAUCGUGACGGGACUCCGCCCUAUAUGAACCCUAAUAAUGGCCCGAACCCUACCUGCCGAAACUCUCAUUUGUUCCUCUAGAUUUAACUUUCCGAUUCAAAAUCUUCCUCAAAUGAAAACGUCGAUAAGAAAAUUCUAGUCUUUUUUGCUUUAAUACCUCUGUGAGAUCUACUAAUUUUGUUUCAUACAAGUUCGUUCGUCUGAUCAUGGUGGAUACCUUCACGUUUGGGAGGUUUCAAAACCAAAGACCUGACUUCAAACGAUGUAUUCCGGCAUUUCUAUCUUCACACAAGACACUCUUUACGGUUAUGUGGAUCGUUGGAUUCGCUUCCGUUUUUAUAUGGCAGAGGAACAUUGUUGAUGGCCUUCGGAUCUUCCGGCGAGUCCCAGCUAGACCCAUUCCGAAGCUACGACCUUUUGCGUUCAAUUUGACUGAUUUCGGUGGUGUUGGCGAUGGCGUAACAGUGAAUACCGACGCAUUCGAGAGGGCCGUGGUCGCUAUUUCUAAGCUGGGGAAAAAAGGCGGCGGACAGCUUAAUGUUCCCGCUGGGCGUUGGCUCACAGCGCCAUUUAACCUUACCAGUCACAUGACAUUGUUUCUCGCUGAAGAUGCUGUUAUACUUGGAAUUGAGGAUGAGAAGUUCUGGCCUCUGAUGCCUCCAUUGCCAUCUUAUGGAUAUGGGAGAGAGCAUCCUGGACCACGAUAUGGGAGUUUGAUCCAUGGUCAAAAUCUCAAGGAUGUUGUUUUAACAGGGCACAAUGGCACCAUAGAUGGACAAGGUAAAGCAUGGUGGGUCAAGUACCGUCGGAAACUGCUCAAUCAUACCAGGGGCCCACUUGUGCAGAUCAUGUGGUCAAGUGAUAUCCGGAUCUCUAAUAUCACUUUGCGUGAUUCUCCCUUCUGGACCCUUCAUCCCUUUGACUGCAAGAAUGUAACUAUCACAAAUGUUACCAUAUUGGCUCCUGUCUUUGAAGCCCCAAACACAGAUGGAAUAGAUCCUGAUUCCUGUGAGAAUGUGGUGAUAGAGGAUUGUUACAUUAGCGUAGGAGAUGAUGGAAUUGCAAUAAAGAGUGGUUGGGAUCAAUAUGGAAUUUAUUAUGACCGGCCUUCCACCAACAUUCUUAUUCGAAACCUUGUUGUUCGUUCUAUGGUUAGUGCGGGAGUAUCAAUAGGCAGUGAGAUGUCUGGUGGAGUCUCAAACAUAACAGUGGAGAAUCUUCUUGUGUGGAGCUCGAGACGAGGAGUACGGAUCAAGACCGCCCCCGGGAGAGGGGGAUUUGUUCGAAACAUAACCUACAGGAAUCUUACCUUUGACAAUGUCCGGGUGGGGAUCAUCAUCAAGACAGACUACAACGAGCACCCAGAUGAGGGGUAUGACCCUAAGGCCUUCCCAGUCCUUAAGGACAUAAGCUUCAUUGGGAUCCAUGGCCAAGGAGUCCGUGUCCCAGUACGAAUCCAUGGCAGUGAAGAGAUCCCUGUGAGAAACGUAACAUUCCAGGACAUGUCUGUGGGGAUAACAUACAAGAAGAAGCAUAUUUUUCAGUGUGCUUUCGUUCAGGGAAGAGUGAUCGGAUCCAUCUUCCCUGCACCAUGUGAGAAUCUUGACCGAUACGAUGAACAAGAGCGGCUGGUCAAUCAGUCGACAGCCCAGAACAUGACUGACAUUGAUUAUGAUUUCUGAAGACAGUUUCUAGGUUCUGGUACUCUGUUCUUCUGGGCUUAUCUCACUGAGAAUGAUGGCUUCAUCUUGUGUCUAUCGAUAAAAGUUUUGGGUGCAGGGGAUGGAGUAUUUGGCAGGGAGGCUAUUCAUUUCUUUGUGUUAUCUUUAAUUGCAGCUUCUUCAUCUUCUUGCCAGUUUGUAUAUAUAUCGUAAGGGUUUAAUUGUUUAUGCAUUCACGGAUGAACUGAAGCAGGAUGUGCCUUCUUUCUGCUAAGGUUUGAAGAACUUUAAAGAGGGAUGAGUUGGCUGCUUUUAUUUUA